CACAAAAGGGGUGGGACCAUAACUCCUCUGUUCACCAAUGAUAAGGAAUGACUAAAAACGUACGGCUUCAAUCCGACACUUUUUGCGCAAGAAGGACGUGGGCGCAUAUGAGGAAGUCGUUCGUCAGGGCCUGCGAGCCAAUAGCAGCGCGGACUGUGCCCACCGAACCAACGAGCGAGCGAGAGCAAGCUGAGCGGCCAAUCGUAUGCGAGACCGGGGCGGCGCCCUUGCUGCUCCGGCCGCCAGGGGAAGAGGGGGGCGGGGGCGACACCGGGUCUGGCAGGGGAGGGGGGGAUUGGGCCUGGCUGGGCCCAGCCGGAGCCUCCUGCCGCCUGGACCGACCGAGCGGGGAGAGCGCCCCCUCCCCGCGGGCCCAGCCCAAAACCCACGUCCGGCCCCGCCUGGUCAUGGGCAACGCGGCCACGGCCAAGAAGGGCGGCGAGAUUGAGAGCGUGAAGGAGUUUCUUGCCAAAGCCAAAGAAGAGUUUCUCAAGAAAUGGGAGAACCCAUCGCAGAACACAGCCAGCCUGGAUCAUUUCGACCGGCUCAAGACCCUGGGUACCGGCUCUUUCGGGCGGGUGAUGCUUGUGAAGCACAAGGAGACUGGAAAUUACUUUGCCAUGAAAAUCCUUGACAAGCAGAAAGUUGUUAAGCUGAAGCAGAUCGAGCAUACCCUCAACGAAAAGCGCAUCCUUCAGGCUGUGAACUUCCCCUUCCUUGUCAGGCUAGAAUAUUCUUUCAAGGAUAACACGAAUCUGUACAUGGUCAUGGAAUACAUCCCAGGUGGUGAGAUGUUCUCCCACCUACGACGGAUUGGCAGGUUCAGUGAACCUCAUGCCCGGUUCUACGCUGCUCAGAUUGUGCUGACUUUUGAGUACCUGCACUCACUAGAUCUCAUCUAUCGAGACUUGAAGCCUGAGAACCUCCUCAUCGACCAGCAGGGCUACAUUGAGGUGACAGAUUUUGGCUUUGCCAAACGAGUGAAAGGCCGAACCUGGACCCUUUGUGGGACACCAGAAUAUCUGGCGCCAGAAAUCAUUCUGAGCAAGGGUUAUAACAAGGCUGUGGACUGGUGGGCCCUAGGUGUCCUCAUCUAUGAGAUGGCCGCUGGCUACCCCCCAUUCUUUGCAGACCAGCCCAUUCAGAUCUAUGAGAAAAUUGUCUCUGGAAAGGUUCGCUUCCCAUCUCACUUCAGCUCAGACCUGAAGGACCUGUUGCGCAACUUGCUCCAGGUAGACCUCACUAAACGCUUUGGCAACCUCAAGAAUGGAGUCAAUGAUAUCAAGAAUCACAAGUGGUUUGCUACCACUGAUUGGAUUGCCAUCUAUCAACGGAAGGUGGAAGCACCCUUUAUACCAAAGUGCAAAGGCCCAGGUGACACAAGUAACUUUGAUGACUAUGAAGAAGAGGAAAUCCGAGUAUCCGUCACGGAGAAGUGCGCCAAGGAGUUUGCAGAAUUUUAGGGCCAGUCCUCUCCCCACUUGCUUUGUGUGCCCAGGAAAUGGAUGGGCUGGAUUUGAUCAGCCAAAUGGCCAGAAUUCCUUGCCUAUAUGUUAAUUUUGGGAGGUGGGAGAGUGUUGGGGUUCACCUGGAACUGUUUGGGCAGAAGAACGAAAAGGGAGUUCAUUCUGAAGCUGUGGGAAAGGCUGUCGUCCUGAUACCAUCCAUCUGCCUCCCACCGCAGGCUACAGUGUGGCUCCCAGCCACUCUUGGGCAGGUUUUAAACAAAUUCCCUUCCUCUUCACACUGACUCCAACCCAUACACAAAUCCUAAUCAGAGUCCCUGGUUUAUUGGUGGUGCUUUUUUUUUUAAAUAAAGAAGGGGAUCUUUUGCCAUUUGUCACCACCUGUAGAGGUUUGGUUCAUGGGGCAUUGCAAACAAACAAAAAUCAAAGGGGGAGGGGAAGAAGUCAACACAUCCAUGCUGCACUUUGGUGUGUAGGCCAGCACUCCAUGGGUUAAUGGUCAAACCUUCACCCCUCCCCCUCUGGGACAAUCCCAUCGUUUUAUCAAUAUCCCCAUCUGGCUGCCUCCUUUUAUUAACUUUAAAGAAAAAAGUUUAAAGAAAUAGUUGACUGGCUUUAAAAAAAAGGUUUUAACAGUCUAGGCGGGACAGUGCUUUUAUAUGCUCAGUUUCCUGCACAGUUAAAAUAAAAUUCAGCAUGAAUUUUAACUCUGUAAAAACAGCUGGGUUUUAGCAUGACGAAAUUGGGGUUGGGUUGUUGGUUUUUUUGAUAGAAAAUACACUUUAUUUUUGUCUUUGCCCCCUGGCUUCAAAAAGGGAGGCAAUAAUAUUCCCAGGUGCAGAAGGGUGAAGGAAUGAACAGUUGCCAACCGGAGCAGGAAUUUCAAGAGAAGGAAUCCUGUCUGAAUUUGUCUGCAUAUACCCAUUCUGUUUCCUUGCCCCCACCAUUUAAAAUGCCUCUUAAGUCCACCUCCACUGCUUCAGAUAGUCGCUAAAUGCCACUACCCAAAGGGGUAUCGGUCAAUGGGGAACAAUACAGGAAGAGUUGAGGGUUAUUAGACAUCUGACCUUAUUCAGACCAUCCCAAACCUUAGCUGCUGGCAUCUUUCUAGUCCCUUUGUCCCCAUGACUCUUGCCACUAAGUGUUCCAUCCACCUUCUGUGUUUGUAUCCCAGGACAAUAAGGGGUGAAUGAAAGGCUUAGCUUUGCUCUGAGAGGAGCAAGGUUUAAAAACAAUGCUGACAAAGGAGAUGGCCCUUUUUUAUCUGCAGUUCCCUUUGGGAACAAGAGGUAGCAUCAGUUUAGAGUCUUCUCUGAUACAUGGAUGUGGAGAGAGCUGUGACUCCAGGGGUGUUCAGGAAGGGCAGCUCAUUUUUCUCCCUGGAUUUGUUCUGACUUCCCCUUUCCUUCCUAAUGCAAUGCCUCUUUGUGUUCUGUCUUCACCUACCGCUAUCCAGCCACACUAUUUCUGUACUCACCAGUUCAGUUUCUUCAGUUCUCUUUUCCGUGGCUGGGGAGCAGAGCAGGCUUCUUUGGACUGACAGAGGAAUUAAAUAACAUGUACCGAAGCGCUGUCAGGAGCUGACAAGCUUGUCUUGUCCUCCCAACUCUUCACCAUUAUCUUCCCACCAAGAAGCUCAUCAGCUCCCUCUGGGUUGGGUUGAGGAGAAGAGGAGUUGAAUACCCAUCAGCUCCCUGCCUCGAGGGAAAACAAAACAAAACACUUCUGUGUAAUCCAGCAAACUUGUUUCACUGAGAAAACAAACAAACCCUACUUCCUCUUUAACAGUGUGCUUUGUUGUAAACUUAUUUGAGACUAUUACCAAUAAAGUUUUGUUU